AUGAGUGUUAAAAAACAAUAUUUAUUAUUUUAUAAUGGUAUAUCAGCAUUAUUAUGGUCAUAUAUUUUAUAUAAUUGUAUAAUUGAUUUAAAUAAUGGUUUUUUCCCAUAUUCAAUUAAUGAUACCGAUGAUUCUUGCAGCUUAGAUUACGAUUAUGACAUAAAUAAAAUAGUAUUUAAAUGUAAUUCAACUCAAGAUAUUAUACCUCAUAAAUUUAUAAUAAUAACUCAAAUUUUUAAUUCAAUUUUGGAAUUAUUACAUUCAAUUAUUGGAUUAGUUCCCUCACCAAUUGGUACAUUAUUAUUACAAUCAUUUGCAAGAUUAAUCAUUAUGAUUGGUAUAUGUCUUGUUAUACCAGAAUCACCAGCUAAUUAUAAUAUAUUAAUUUUUUCAAGUUUAAUAUUUGCAUGGUCAACUACAGAAAUAAUAAGAUAUGGAUUUUAUUUUUUAAAAUUGAAGAAUAAACAAGUACCAUAUUGGUUAAUUUGGUUAAGAUAUUCUGCAUUUUUUAUAUUAUAUCCUUUAGGAUUAAUAAGUGAAAGUUUAACAGUUUAUAAUUCUUAUGAUAUUAUUAGAAAUAGAUUACCUGGAUAUUCAAAUUUUUUAAAAUUUGCAUUACCUUUAUAUUUACCUGGAUUUUUAUAUCUUUAUAAUUAUAUGAUUAAACAAAGACAAAAAGUAUUAAGAAAUGAACAACAAAAAUUAUUAUAA